AUGGCCUCGAAUAUCUUACCCUUAUUCUGGCCAUUGGCCAAUUCAAGCAAAGAUACUCGUCUGACGGCCUCUGCAUCCCUUGUAUCGAACCUCGAAAAUUUCCAACAAUCAUUCAUCUCCAACAAACCCACAGCUAUCUCCGAUGAUGACGAAGACGAAGAGGAGGAAGAUGAUGAUGAAGAUGAUGACGAAUCAGGUAUGGAAGUCGAUGCAUCCGAUGGUGAAGACUCUCAAGUGAAGGAUAAGGAAAGCGAAAAGCUGGAUAAACGAUUGAGUAAAGAUAAUUCGGAAGAUGUUGUUUAUUGUGUGAAGAGACUGGUUAGGGGUUUAGGUAGUUCAAGAGAAAGUAGUAGACUUGGCUUUGCGGUCACUCUGACAGAGUUAUUAUCCCGUAUACAAACCGUCACUGUAUCUCAAGUCUUAUCCCUCCUCAUACGCAAUUCCCAGUAUUCGAAAAAUAUGAAAGGAUCAGAAGAGAGGGAUAUGAUGUUCGCUCGAUUGUUCGGACUAACAUCUAUUAUUCAGUCAAACUCCUUAUACUCCCAGGCAGCUUCCAGGGAAGAUUUCGAGAGGGUAGUGGACGAAUUGGUGAAAUUGGGUGAAGCGAAAGCAUGGAUGAGGGAAAGCGCUUGGUGGACCCUUGUCGGUGCCAUCCAAGGCUUACUGGAUAGUCAAGUAGAAUGGAGGAAUCAGGGAUUGAAAGAUACCGUGGAGAAGGUGUUAAGUGGGAAAGUGUGGAAUCAGGAGAAGGUUGCUUUGGUUCUAUUGCUGGAGAAUAAUGUGGAAGACAUCGACUGGAAAUCAUACCUCGCACCUACAUUCAAGCACACCCCACUCCUCAAUUCCCAUAACCUCGUGACCCUCGGUCGAGUGCUCAAGGAAGCAUCUGCUGAAGAUGAUGAGAGUGUAUCUGCCUCGACAAGUGGAAAUUGGAAACCACAAUUGCACUUUGUGUGGAAUAUCAUCCUUGAUCACUAUUUCCCUAAAUCCGGCGAAAAACCAGGGAACAAUGGGGAAGCACCUUUCCAGGAUUUCUUCCGAGUGGUCGUUGAUGAAUCGCUAUUUUCCAACACUGCCUCACCACAAAGACGAUAUUGGGGAUUCCAAGUAUUUGAGCGAUCAUUACCAUUAUUGCCUUCCGACUCGAUGCCUCUAAUUUUCACUCCUAACUUCAUGAGAUGUUGGAUAAACAACCUUUCGUCUUCUGAUCGAUACCUCCACAAAGCUGCCCAGCAAAUCGCCAAGAAAGUGCAAGAAGUGACUAAAGCGAAUAGCCAAGUUGGUUUCACUCUUUUAAGUCAGUUGGUGGGCAAACAUGGUAAACAGGAUUUCGAUAAGGUGACGAAAACGAAGACUGUUGAGACGAUUAUGGGUAGUCUGAAUGUCCAGGGUGUAAGAGAUUAUGUGAAAUACUUGGAGGAAAUCGUUGUUAGUGGCGGUGAGAACUUGGACAGUGCAAGAAUCGACGAAAGAAGAUUAUGGGCAUUAGAUCAGAUCCUUGCUUUGUGCAGGAAUGGCUCAGUGCCUAAAGAUGACGAGUGGAUAUCUUCGAUCAUUGACUUCUUGCUGGUCCACGGUUUCUUCUUGAUUCGAAAGGCAGACAAGAAAAGUCAAAUCACCGCUAUCCACACUACACCCAAACCUGCUUUGUCUGAAUCUACCGCUGCAGCUUGCCGAUCGAGGUUGAGUAGUUGUCUAGUGGAAUUAACUACUGCUUCCGUCUCUCAGCGAGGCUCUGAGGAGACAAAGACUGUCCGACAGCAAGGUUGUGAUACCUCCGGCAAGUUAUGGCUACGACGUGCUCUCGAUACCCUCGCCCUAUUGGAGAAAGACAAUAAGCACGUGGAACUCACGACCGAAGCGGACGAAGAGAUCGUCUCUCUCCGUAAAGCAGCUAUAAAGACUCUCUCAUCGUUGGAGAAAGUCAAGGAGGAUCGAAAAGAAGUUGCUAAAGGCUCGGAGAUACUCUUGGCCUUCUUCAUCUUACAGACAUAUGAUGAGGUCGAGGACGCAUUGGACUUGCUUGAGAACGCCAACUCUGCCAUCCAGCAACUUUUCGGUCUGCCAUUGACCGCUGGGAAAGAGGAAGAGGGAGAGGAGCAUCCUCCGAUCGAUUCGUUACUUGAUGUUCUUAUCGCCCUUCUCGAUAAGGGAUCAAACGAUCUCAGAAAUCUGGCGAAUAUGGCAUUCGGAAUGGUUUCUUCCGAGUUCACUGAAUCCAGUAUGGACCUCUUGGUAGCUCAAUUGGAGCAAACCGUUGCGGAUGCAGCUGCUGAAUCCUCCGAUGCUGAAGACGAGGACAACGAGGAAGUCUCCGAAAACGAAGACGAAGAUGAUGAGGACGAAGACGCAGAGGAAGAUUCCGACAUUGAAGAAGAUGAUGAGGACGACUUGCCUGAUGUCGAUCCGGCUUUCAGACAACGAGUUGCAGAAGCCUUGAACGUAGCUGGAUUAGGUGUUGACGAUACCAACAAGGAUGGAGAUGAUGACGAUGAGUCUGACGAGGAGGAGUACAUGGAUGAUGAUCAGAUGAUGAAGGUUGAUGAACAGUUGGCGGAAGUGUUCAGACAACAAGCAGCCAGUACGAAGAAAACAGACUUGAAGCACCUUCAAAUAGAGUCGUUACAUUUCAAGAACAGGAUACUCGACUUCUUCGAUGUAUACUCCAAGAAACAAUCGUCCAACCCAUUAAUCCUUUCAGUUGUCAUUGCUCUACUGCGAUUGGUCAGAGGAGGUGGAUCGUCAGAAAGUGAAUUAGCCAACAAAGCCGCUGGUAUCAUUCGAUCGAAAUUCAACAAACCUAAAGAUGUACCUUCUUCAGUUGAUCUCUCCAAAGCAAUCGUAAUAUUGAAGGAAAUACACGCUAUGGCCAUCAAAGCGCAUUCAGCCGAGUUCUCCAAUCUGUGUUCGUCAUCUUCUCUAUUCGUUGUCAAAUCCAUCGAAUCAUCAACAUCGACCUCGGAUGCUUCAGCCGUAGAAGUAUACGGUGAAACAUUGAAAGAUUUCAUGACGCGUAAAUCAUCUCUGUUACAUCCUAAUUUCGUACUGGAAUUCAUCAAGAGAUUCCCUUCCAAAGGAUUCGAGCUGUCCAACGAUAUAGUGGAAUUUGUCAAACCUGGUAAAGGUGUAAACACCUAUAGACAAUUACAGGGUUAUACGAUGUUACAAACUAUAACUCAACAUCUACCUUCUCUUUCCAAAUCCAAUACUAUCCCUUCGAACAAGAUAAAGGAGUUUAUCGGUAAUGCUACUGAAGCUGUAUAUGCUACUGUGGAGGAUGCCGAGACUGAGGGUGGAUGGAACGCAGCGAAAUUGAAAGAUGUAGUGAAAUUCGCUUUGGCUCUCGCACGAACUUCGAAGACACUGGAUGUGAAAUGGGAUAUAACCAGGGUAGAGGGAUUGAGGGAUAAGUUGGUGAAUGGCGAGAAGACGAAGGAGAUGAAGGGUGUGAUUAGUAUGUGGAAUCAGUUGAUAUCGAUCUUAGGAGGCGGUGGCAACAAUGAAAAGAAGAAAGGGAACAAUAAGAGGAAGAAUGACGAGAAGAUGGAUGUGGAUUCGGAGCUCAAUGGGAAGGUAGAAGAGCAGAAGGAGAAGAAAGAGGAACCAAGUAAGAAAAAGAAGAAGGUGGUGGUGGCUGAUGGGGAAAAGCAGAAAAAGGUGAAAAAGGCUAAGAAGGCCACCGAAUGA